UCCACCCUGUUUGUAUAACCGAGUCUUAAGUCAUGUGACAUGUCUUGUUUUGUAACAAGCUGUAAUGAAUGAAUCAAAGCUGACUUAGUUAGCAGGCAAACAGCACUUAAAAUGAUUAAGUCCACAUCUACGGAACGGACAAAGAGGAGCGACGCACGGAAGCGGAAAAACCGGUCCGAGGACAAACCUGAGACGCAGAACUGUAAGAAGCAGAAAAAAACAGAAACCGAAGCCAGGGGGUGCUCCAGCAACGCCCUCCUUCCAGAGAAAAAUAAUAAAGGACAAUUAGUGUUUAAAGAUUUUCCUACCUUUGGACCAAACAUGACCCCAAAGGAGGUUCUCCAAGCUGGUAGUUUUGGAGGCACCUAUUUCAGACCGAUUUACUCCAGUAUCACCAAACAAAGCUAUAAAGAUGUCUGGAAGGAGUUACCUGUGGACUGGCUAGAAGGUCUUGAUAUUCCAAAGCAGGUGGCCUCGCCAACCUACAGGGAGAAUGUGAACACCUAUAAAGUGAAGUGCGGAGGCAGUCUGGAGAUGUGGGAAAGCAGUGGGUGGAUUGUUCCUCAGGACCCCUAUGGUUGGUUUCAGUGGUACUGCAGGUUUUACCAGGGCCGACGCACAGCUGAUGACGACAGGCAGAUCGGGAGGUGGGAGAGGUGUGCAGGAGUGAAGGGACGCUGGAGGAACAACCUCAUUACGAAGGUGGUGCGCUCUGGCUGCAGCUUCGACAACACCACCGUCUCGCCCGUGGUCAGGCAGACCCUCCAGCACUGGGGCUACAGGCUGACAAAAGAUGACUACGAGCAAGGUGCUAAGAGAGUUAAGCCUGCGUGAGAAGCAGCAGGCAAAGGUCAAACGUCCUUACUGUAAUGUCAAAUAAAUAAAACUAGAAACCUUUUCACGGAUUUCGAUAUGAAUUUCAGAGAAGUUGUUGAAAUUCAUUGAAAAUUUAUUGUGAAAUACACAGAGGAGGGUUUGAGAGAAACCAAUAACUUUCUUGCUUGGUAAUUUUUUUUUAAAGAAGGAAUGCCUUAGGUGUCCAAAUGCUGAAGUCAUUACCUCAACUGUUUAUAUAUGUGACUUUAGUCAUAUAAUUGUCUUUGAGGUUAAUGGACUCUUAAAGUCAUUAUUAAAUGAAUAAACAGUCUUUUAAAGUCUUUGACAUGCCAAGUAAGGGGUCAGCAGAAUUUUGUUUUGUGUUUAUGGAGUUGAUAACCAAUGUUCUCGGUAACACCCCAGGGAAUUGACUGAGAGUUCAAAACAAUGAAGAUUCAGCACUAGGUCAUCUUAUAAGAUUUAAAAAUAUUGUUUGAAAUGUUACUCUUGCUGUAAAUAACAUUUUUUAAGUAAUAAAAAAUGCUUC